AUGGCGCCCUCAGGGCUCCUGGUGACUGGGGCCUCCUUUGCCGUGUUCCGGGGGCUGCACUGGGGGCUGCAGCUGCUGCCCACGCCGGGAUGUGCUGCUCAAGACCGUUGGAAGUGGCGGAACAUCUCUGUCUCCCUGGUGCACAGCCUGCUCGCCGGGGUCGGGGCGCUGCUCGGGCUGUUGCUGUACCCUCAGAUGGCUGCCGACCCCAUUCAUGCCCACCCGCCCUGGGCCCGGGUGCUGGUGGCUGUGUCUGUGGGUUAUUUCCUGGCGGAUGGAGCUGACAUGCUGUGGAACCAGACCUUGAGACAGGCCUGGGAACUUCUCUGUCACCAUUUGGUGGCGGUGAGCUGCCUCAGCACUGCUGUUCUGUCUGGCCACUACGUGGGCUACUCCAUGGUGUCCCUGCUCCUGGAGCUGAACUCUGUCUGCUUGCACCUGCGGAAGUUGCUGCUGCUUUCUCACCAGGCCCCAUCCCUGGCCUUCAGUGUGGCUAGCUGGGCCACCCUGACUACCCUGGUCCUCUUCCGCCUGGUGCCACUGGGAUGGAUGAGUCUGUGGCUACUCCGGCAGCACCACCAGGUGCCUCUUGCUCUGGUCAUCCUUGGUGGAAUUGGGCUGGUCACUGUGAGUGUCAUAAGCAUCACACUGGGUGUGCGAAUCCUGGUUUGUGAUGUCUUACCAUCUCAGCCACACCGACUCAUCACUGGGCAUAAGGAAACCAGGAGGACCAGGACAUGUUGGGAUGGUAAGCUUCUUACCAUAGACAAUUCCACUCUCAACCUGAAGGACUAG